GAAUUUUCAGUAUUUAGUUUUUAUCGUAGAUAAUGGAUUACAUAUUUAUUUAAUAACAUACACUCUCUCUUACACAUUUUACAAAAUAUAAAAAUAAAAUAAAAAAUGGACACAAACAUUGACUCUCCGGCACCGGAAUCUUCGUUGCCGGUAUAUCACCCAUCAGUGGCACCACUCUCUUAUCUUCUUGGAACAUGGAGAGGACAAGGAGAAGGAGGCUAUCCCACCAUCAAUUCCUUCUCCUAUGGUGAAGAACUCCAUUUCUAUCAUCCACCUAACAAGCCUGUGAUAGGGUACACUCAGAAGACAUGGAAACUCAGUUCUGGAGAGCCUAUGCAUUCUGAGAGUGGAUACUGGCGUCCUAAACCUGAUGGAACCAUUGAAGUUGUCAUUGCUCAAAGCAAUGGUCUUGUUGAAGUUCAGAAAGGGACAUAUAACAUUGAAGAGAAAGUGAUACAGCUUCAGAGUGAACUUGUGGGAAAUGCUUCCAAGGUUACAGGGAUCCAAAGGUGUUUUCGACUCGUUGAAGGGAAUCUUUGUUAUGAGGUUGAGAUGGCUACCAAUACAGUUACCCUUCAGCCACACUUGAAAGCAACAUUGAAGAAACUCUAAAGCAAAUAGAGUACAUGGCUUGAAUUGAAAUUUCCUCGUCGGAAUCUACUCUUUAUGAGUAAAAUUUCUUAUUACAAUCAAGUUAACAUUGUAACGCAUGCUUAUCUAGACUCUUGUAUUCUGUUUUUCUUUUUAAAAAACUUAUACUUUGGAUACAACUUAACACAGAAGUUAAUAGAGUCUGCAAUUUUCAUCAAA